GAAAUUAUGGUUUAAAAAAAUUUUUUUGUAUUAUAUUUAUUUAAUAAUUGAAAGAUUGAAACGAUGGCAUCAAAUCUGGUUAUUGUUAAGGAUUUGUUUGAAGAGUUGACUGAAGAAAAUCAAAGACUUUACGAUGAAUUAAAAUAUUGUCAGCAAUUGAUUGAAUUGUUUGAUAAAUUCAGACAACUAUUAGAUAAUUAUCAAACAAAUUGUUGUUGUAUUGAAAACAAUGAAUUGAAAACACAAUUCAAUGAACUCGAAGACCAAUACAUGAAAACCGUGAAGAAGAAGAUCAUUAGACAAUCCGAGCGGCAAUUGAUCUGCAAAAGUGAUGUUAAAAAUCAAGUGAAGAAAACGCGGGUCAAGAAAAUCAAAUCAAACAAAAUCACUACAAAACUUAAAGAAGUAAAAGACCAGUUAAGUGAUAAUGAUAUUAAUAAUAAUAAUGAAGACAAAAAUGAGACCAAAUUCAGUGAUAAUCAACUAACAGUACAGAGAGUUAAACGAAAAUAUCGGAAACGACAGACUCGACAGACACUAAAAAAUGUUAAACAAAAACAAGAAAAAGAAGAAGAAUUAGAUAACAAUGAAGACAAUGAUUAUAAAGAUUUUAAUGAGACAACAAUGACUACAAAUGUCGAUCAAAUCGAUGACAACUUAGUCGAGGAAUAUGUCGGUAAAUCCAGUGAUCUAUUGAUGAAAUUAUGGGUUAAGCGUCGAUACAACAGACGAAAUACAAAGAAGAAUACAAACGUCGAAGAAUUUGAUGCAACAACAGAAUCAUGCGAUCAACAGAAACGUGUUAAGACUUUUCUGUGUCGAUGGCCGGGCUGUGGCAAAGUAUUUCGCGAACGACUGGAUCUGUUGGCACAUUUGCGUGUCAAACAUACCAAAGAGCGGCCAUUCAAGUGCGACAACUGUGACAAAUGGUUUCCAGUUGAACACUAUCUGAAAAUGCACAGAAAGUCGGCACACAAUCCACGACCGACGGUAUACAAGUGUCGGUACGAGGGCUGCGAUAAACAGUUCAAACAGUUGUUGGGUCUGAAUGAACAUCACGUACGACACGAACGACCACACGAUUUCAAACGAGAGAAAACAGUUGAAUGCGAUGUCGACGGUUGCGACAAACGAUUUACAUCUGUCUAUGGUUUACGUUAUCACAAACAGAUUGUUCACACCGACGACAGGCCCUAUCCGUGCGAAUGGCCCGGUUGUGACAAACGAUUCAAAGAUCCGUCAUCGCUGAGACACCAUCGCGAACGACAUGCCGGUGUCCGUAAAUACCGGUGCGAUAUCCAUGGUUGCGACAAAGGCUAUACAACCUACAAGGGUCUCGAACAGCAUAAACGUGCCCAUACCCGGCCGUACGCGUGCUCGUGGCCAGCGUGCGAUGUCCGAUACGCGUGCAAUAAUAAACUCAAAGAACAUAUGAACGCACAYCAGGGUAUCAAACCGUUUAGUUGUCAUUUUCAGGGAUGCGAUGUCAGCUAUAGUAUGAAAGCAUCGUUGAGAAUGCAUUGGAGACAAACACAUAAAUAUAUUAAAACUUACCAUGAUAAAACAUAG